AUGAUUGAUCAGUUCCCUGCAGAUUAUAUGCAGCAGUGUUGCCUUGGGGUUAUGCGCAAAAUGUUACUCAUGUGGCUGAGGGGACCACUGGGAAUCAGACUGUCAUCUGGCCAUGUUAAGCAGGUCAGUUUACAGCUUCUGAAGCUUAAAGCAUGCAUUCCCAAUGUGUUUGCAAGGAAGCCAAGAGGGUUGGAAGAGAUUGAUAGAUGGAAGGCCACAGAGUUGAGACAGUUUGCCCUCUAUACAGGAAAAAUUGUGCUUAAAGGCAUAAUUGCAGAACAGCUCUAUGAGCACUUCCUGGUUUUUAGUGUGGCAUUAUCCAUCCUUGUCUGCCCAAGAUUGUCAAAACAUUACAAUCACAAUGCAGAGGAGUUGUUGAUGUACUUCAUUGCACAGGGAAGACAUUUGUAUGGGGAUGAGUUUCUUGUCUACAAUGUCCACAGUUUGGUACACCUGGCAUCGGAUGCAAACCUUUAUGGAAGUCUAGAUGAGUGCAGUGCUUUCUCUUUUGAGAAUUACUUGCAUCAGCUAAAGAGAUUGGUUCGUUCUGGGCGAAAUCCUCUUUCACAGAUUGUGAGGCGGCUUAGGGAAGCAGACAAACUGAGCAAGAUACUUCGUGAACCAAACAAGACUGUAGAAAUAAAAAAACCCAACAAUGUCUUCACUCUUAAGCUGGGCGUACACGAUACAGAUAUAGAUGAGCCUUUUGCCAAGAGAUUGAAGAAAAAGACUGCCACAUCUGCCACAAUUACUCCCCAGACUCCACAGAUGCCAAACAUGCCUUCCUUCACCCCAUCAAUGGAUUUCUUUUCAGCCAGACACAACGAGGACAGCCCCACUUUGCUAAAAAAUGUGGCUGUGACCUCAACAAGGACUAUGUUACAGAGCAGUGACAAAGGUCCUUCUAUGACCAGCACUCCGAAUACAACUUCAAACACUCAGACUUUGCUCACAAAUUUAGAUGUGACCUCAACCAGGACUAUGUUACAGAGCAGUGACCAAGGUCCUUCUAUGACCAGCACUCCGAAUACAACUUCAAACACUCAGAAUGAUUCUUGUAUACCAGCAUAUGUGAGGGCCAUCUUUAUUAAACUGGACAAGAUCGAACUCUCUCUAGAGAACAUUCAGUCCAUUUUAACCAAAAACAUGGGUUCUGAUGACCCUGAAAUUGAAGAGCUGACCAGGUCACUACAGACUCCAGCCCAACUUGAAGAAGCUUCUGACAAGCUAAAGGACACAGCUCACAGAAAGAAAGUGGUUGAUUAUCUGUCACUGCUGGGUGGUAAAUCUCCUGGUGACUCUGUACGACGGAUAAUGCGAAAAAUUGGAACAAAUGCUCUUUGGGCCAAUUACAGUUUGAAGGGUCGAAAGGGGUAAAGAAAUUUUCAGGACCUGGCUAUAUAUCCCAUCAUAAUCCAGGCCUGCCAGAAGAUCCACCCCACGACUCUUCAAAAAACGAUUGAGAACUGUGUAGCGGAUACAUUACGAUAUGCUCCACACAGAAUCACUCAGGUCAGUGUUAAUUGUUUGUUUAAAAGACAAGGAUGUAAAGUAUUCGCUUUUCAGCAAAUUAUGCUUUUUUCACAUACAUUUGUGACUUGUGUUAAUUUAUUUUUUAUAAGAAUUAUAUAGAAAUUCCACUAUUGUGACAACACAAACUUGAUUAGAUCAAAGAUGAAAAUGUAUUGGCUUUAAGA